UUCUGCAAAUCCUCUUUGCUGCUGAAACUUUGCAUCAUCAUCUUCAACCUCUCGAUCGUUUUCAACUGAAAAUUAGUCCUUAAGGCAAUGGGUGAUAGUCAGUAUUCUUUCUCUCUUACAACUUUCAGCCCAUCUGGAAAGUUGGUUCAGAUUGAGCAUGCGUUGACUGCUGUUGGAUCUGGUCAAACAUCAUUGGGAAUUAAAGCUUCUAAUGGUGUUGUAAUUGCUACCGAGAAGAAAUUACCAUCCAUCUUAGUUGAUGAAGCAUCUGUGCAGAAAAUUCAGACUUUGACACCAAAUAUUGGAGUUGUCUACAGUGGCAUGGGCCCUGAUUCUCGAGUUUUGGUUCGGAAAAGUAGAAAGUCAGCUGAGCAAUAUUACCGACUUUAUAAAGAAUCAAUCCCUGUCACACAGCUGGUGAGAGAAACUGCUGCUGUCAUGCAGGAAUUCACCCAAUCAGGUGGUGUAAGACCAUUUGGUGUUUCACUCUUGGUUGCGGGUUUUGAUGACAAGGGUCCACAACUAUAUCAGGUGGAUCCAUCUGGUUCGUACUUCUCUUGGAAGGCUUCGGCAAUGGGAAAAAAUGUCUCCAAUGCUAAGACAUUUCUUGAGAAGAGAUACACGGAGGAAAUGGAGCUCGAUGAUGCUGUACACACUGCUAUCCUGACAUUGAAGGAGGGAUUUGAGGGACAGAUCUCCAGCAAAAACAUUGAGAUUGGCAUUAUUGGAACAGACAAAGUAUUCAGAAUUCUCACUCCAACUGAAAUAGAUGAUUACCUACAAGAAGUGGAAUAGAUUUUCCUUUCCGCCAAAAGGAAUUGAAAGUAGUUGGACAGGAAGCGCGGACAGGGGCAUAGCACAAGCUCAACUAUUGGAGGUUCUUGCUGGUUUGGUUAUAAUUUGAUGUUUAAUCAAACUAAACUUGGUUGUAUGUAUUUUGGUCAUGCUAUGGUGUUAUUUAUGCUCUGAAAAGAUUAAUAUGGGCUUUUCUCAGUUUCUUGAAUUCACAUAUUGUUCAAGUAUUACCUCAAACACAUCAAAAAGAGAAACAUUACAUUCAUGAACUGCAUGUUUAGUUUGUUUUGACAA